AUGCGGCUCUCAACCGGAAGGAUCGCACUACAGCGCACCACGCAGAGUUCACGGAGCCAUUGCGCCCGGCCACAUGCGCUUUCAUCUUUAGUCACGCGACGGAGCUUUGCUUGCAGCUCCACCAGGCGCACGGAUGGGGUCUUCCGGGAGCUCACGUCUAUGCGGGUUCGUACGCCUUGGGUUGAGGCACUUCGGAACCAGCAGCAAGAAGGGCAGCAGCCCGGUAAACCAUCCGGAAAGCCACAGGUGCCCAAAGAUCGCGACUUACCACCCAAGCGCAUGAGUGACAGCUAUCACUCCGUCAUACUGCCCUUAGCCCGAGAUCCCUGGUUACUUGAUACGUACCUGAACUCAUCUGGACAUAUUCGUCUAGGAACCAUUUUCAUGGAUCUUGAUGCACUUUCUGGCGUUAUUGCAUACAAGCACACCGGCGAAGAUGUGACGACGGUCACCGCCUCCUGCGACCGAAUUACCAUUCACCAUCCACUGGACGAGAUUUGCGACCUUCAGCUGUCUGGUAGGGUUACAUAUGCUACUGGUCGAAGCAGUUUGGAAAUCACAAUGCAGGUCGCAAAGGCCCCCAAGGAAGGCGAGAAGAUUAAAGAUACAGACAUCCUCAUCAAUUGUACCUUUACAAUGGUAUCUUUGGACCCCGGUACCAAAAAACCUGUCAAUGUUAAUGCGUUGAUUGUAGAGACCGAAGAAGAGAAGAGACUAUAUGCUUUGGGCGAGCGCAACUCAGAAAUCCGCAAGGAAAGACGCAACACGUCUCUGAUUAAGCACACACCAAACGAUCUCGAAAGCGACCUCAUUCACGCGUUUUGGCAAAAGCAGCUUCGAUACCAUGACCCUCAUGACGAGUUGCGUAAACCAGACAACCUUCAUUUUAUGGAUACGACAUGCCUCCGGACUGCCACGAUUAUGCAACCUCAGUAUCGCAACCGACACCAUUUCAUGAUUUUUGGAGGGUUCCUCUUAAAGCAAACUUUCGAGCUCGCUUUCACUACAGCUGCAGCAUUCGCCCAUGCCCGACCCACUUUCGUUUCCCUCGAUCCCUCAACAUUUCUCAACCCGGUACCCGUUGGCAGCAUACUAUACAUGACGGCCCAUGUAGUUUACACAGAUCCUCCGCUUAUCGCAGCUCCCGGCGAGCAGUUCAAAGACAACAACGAAUACACUAGGGUGCAAGUUCGAGUCGAUACCAAGGUCAGGGAUGUAGAACAUGGCCACUCCAAGCCAACAGGACAAUUCAAUUAUACGUUCAAUGUGCCAAGGAACAUCAGAGUGAUGCCAAAAACUUACGAAGAGUUUAUGUACUACCUCGAGGCGCGCAGACGAGCUGAGCAAGUCAGGCGUACAUUGGAUGAGGGUAUCAGUGUUAGCCCAGAGAGAGCGGCAGAGUCUCUCACAGAGUAA